CCAGCAGUCCUCUCCCUGUCCUGCUUCUCCAUCUCUACCUAAGAGACACAGCAUCGUGCCAGCGUUAUUUCCCAGCCCGAAGCACCAGCUUUAUUGCCCUCUAGCAGCAAACUAAAAUUCAGUUGUUAAUAGUCUUCCUAUGGCAAAUUUGCAGGAGAGCUGCUCCCUCUGCUGAGUUUUCUGUUGAUCGCCACCGGCACCUGAUGUCCUUCCUCACCAUGCUGGGCCCCAGCCCCGACUGGAACGUGGGUCUGUCUGCCGAAGACCUCUGUACCAAGGACUGUGGCUGGGUUCAGAAGGUCGUUCAGGAUUUGAUACCCUGGGAUGCUGGCACAGACAGUGGUGUUACCUACGAGUCUCCUAACAAACCUACAGUGCCUCAAGAAAAGAUCAGACCACUUACAAGCUUAGAUCAUCCUCAAAGUCCAUUUUAUGAUCCAGAAGGAGGAUCUAUCAAGCUGGUAGCCAGAGUUGUCAUUGAGAGAAUUGCACGCAAGGGGGAGCAAUGCAAUAUCGUACCUGAUAACAUAGAUGAUAUUGUGGCGGAUCUAGCACCAGAGGAAAAGGAAGAAGAUGAUACCCCUGAGACCUGCAUAUAUUCAAACUGGUCCCCGUGGUCAGCCUGCAGCUCCUCUACCUGCGAAAAGGGCAAGAGGAUGAGGCAGAGAAUGCUUAAAGCUCAGCUGGACCUCAGCGUGCCGUGUCCGGACACCCAGGAUUUUCAGCCGUGCAUGGGUCCAGGCUGCAGUGAUGAAGAUGGUUCCACUUGCAUGAUGUCUGACUGGAUUACAUGGUCCCCCUGUAGCGUUUCCUGUGGGAUGGGAACGCGAUCUAGAGAGAGAUAUGUAAAACAGUUCCCUGAAGACGGCUCUAUGUGCAAGGUGCCUACUGAAGAGACAGAGAAAUGUAUUGUAAAUGAGGAAUGUUCCCCUAGCAGCUGCCUGGUCACUGAAUGGGGAGAGUGGGAUGAAUGCAGUGCCAGCUGUGGCACGGGGAUGAAGAGACGACACAGAAUGAUCAAGAUGACUCCCGCUGAUGGAUCCAUGUGCAAGGCAGAAACUACAGAGGCAGAGAAAUGCAUGAUGCCUGAAUGCCACACCAUCCCCUGUCUCCUCUCUUCUUGGUCUGAAUGGAGUGACUGCAGCGUAACGUGUGGGAAGGGGAUGCGAACCCGGCAAAGGAUGCUGAAAUCUGCGGCCGAGCUUGGAGACUGCAACGAGGAACUGGAACAAGCAGAGAAAUGCAUGCUGCCCGAGUGCCCCAUCGACUGCGAGCUGACGGAGUGGUCGCAGUGGUCGGAGUGCAACACCUCCUGCGGGAAGGGCCACAGCAUCCGCACCAGAAUGAUCAAAACGGAGCCCCAGUUCGGGGGAACGGCCUGCCCAGAGACUGUCCAGCGCACAAAGUGCCGAGUGAGGAAAUGCCUGAGGGGCCCAGGGAUGGAAAAACGGCGCUGGAAAGAGGCACGGGAGAAAAGGCGAAGUGAACAAGCCAAAAAAAAUCUGGAGAGCGAGCAGUACCCAGUUUGUAGGCUGAAACCAUGGACUGCUUGGACAGAAUGUUCUACACUGUGUGGAGGUGGAAUUCAGGAACGCUACAUGUUGGUGAAAAAGAGGUCCAAAAGUACUCAGUUUACUAGCUGCAAAGACAAAAAGGAGUUAAGAGCAUGUAAUGUUCAUCCUUGUUAACAAAACACAAGGCUUCCAAGUGAUGCACUCUGAGCUAAAUGGAAAGUCAACCUUUGUUUGAUUUUUAAAACAAAACAAAAAAAAAAACCAUGAAGUGUAUAUUACUUUUCAUUUUUUGCAGUGUGGUUUGCUUUUUAGUCUUGCUGGUGCAAGAAAUAUAUUUUAUAAAUAUUGCCUCACAGAUUUAUGCUGAGAGUAAAUCUUUGGUACUCCAGCCAGCCCUUAAUGCAUAAAAAUACUAAGUCAUUCCGAGUCAUUGAACUAAAAUACACACAUAUCUGUGGACAUGGAAUAGCCAUAUAGAAAUACUACUUGUAAAGAUAUGGGAUGCAUGCAUAUUACCAUCACUAAGUUGAAGUGACAUGUUUCAUAUGUGGGAGGAUUUCUCUCCCCAUUUGAUUUUAAAAAUCCAAAGCAGUGCCUAUGUGAUAACACAACUAUGCCAAGGAGUCAUUUCAGUAAUGCUGGUUCUACAAUACUAAAGGUGCAUGUUUAUCUUUUUACACUAUUGGGUUAAGCUGACAGUUAAUAAUAAUUAUCCUAUACGCACUUUUCUUCACACGGAUGCUAUGGUCCAUGCAAAAUGGUGUUUCUUUAAACCUUAGAAAGGAAAUAGUUUGUGCAGCUCAAUAGGGAUGUCCUGCCCAUUACACAGUCAAAACAGCACACCGAGAAAACCAGUGAAUGUCAUACUCUAUAUUUAGAUGCCAUAUUCUUUUAUUGGGUCUAUAUACUGCCUCUCAAAAUGGGUGCAGAACUAAUAGAAACGGGUCCAAACACAGAGUUGCAACUGCUGUGUCACAGAAAGACCUGAGAGACACUAGAAAAUUAGAUUCAGUUUCAUGAGGAUGUUAAUCACAAGCUAAGGGAUAAAGAGAUUUAUAAUAUAAUAAAAAUGGUGGAGAAAAGGUGAGCCAGGUUCUCAUGCAUCUCUGAUAACAAACGAAGGGACAUCUCUUAUAAUA